UAGAUUCAUCGUGAAAGGGUCUGAGGAAAUUCAGCAAAGGUUACAGCUCCUUUAAGAUGACACGGACAGACCCACCAGACAUACUGGUAUCUACUGUGUAUCGAGAGAUUAGAGUCAGCCCAAUGCCAGGUGAGCCCAAAGUCUACCGAGCCCAGCGCAAGUGUGAUGCCUCCAAGCUCAGCUCCUCUGCCCAGGACAGCCAGCAUUACGUUCACAAGCGACAGUGUCGAAGCUUUGACUUCCUGCAGUCACUAGACGGCCAGGCAGAGUCUGGAGCCUCCAUGGAGGAGUACAUGCCUGGGCGAGGUGUUCGACAGCCAAACAGCCCUGAGCCUGCCUGGGACUCGCUGGGAAGACAAGUCCACCUCCGCUCCUCAGCUCCUGAGCUGGUUGCCAGCAGGCUGUGUGCCCACGCAGGGGAGCCCAGGGAGGCCUUCAGACCAGAGACCAAGAAGAGAGGCAGAUCUAAGAGUGCCCCCAGGGUGAAGACCAUCUACCGGCCCGUCCCAGUGGAGGUGGGCUCACCUGAGCUGACCCGCAGGGGCCGGGAGGCGCUGCGGGGGCACAGGGAAUCCCAGAAGAGGACAGAAACCUCACCGAGGAGGGACCAGCCUCAGCCGGCCCGGACCAGGAUCAACGAGGUGCACCCCAUCAAGCUGCAGCCCCAACGGGGCGAUGCCAGCCUGUACUCCCCUCUGUACGUCAGCGAGAGCAGCGAGGGCUACGAGGAGUGCCCAGUUGGCAAGGCCGGAGCAGGGGCACACGUACGGUACCGUGUCGACAUGAAGCCCGAGGACCCGGCGAUGACCUCAUCCUCGCGGAUGUGGAAGACCCCGCAAAAGCAGAGCGCCGUCGGCAGUUGGCAGUGCCAGCCUGGGCGCAGUCUGACCGUCCCAGCUAACCGGCGGGCGGGGAGGACUCACUCUCCGAGCGAGUCGUUCGGCGGCGAUUACUGGACACUCACCGCUCACAACAACUGCUCCCCGCAUCGGUACUACCACCAGGACGAGGGCAGGAGGGGCAUCCCGCAGCUGGUCCAGACCAUGCCAGCCUUCAGUCAGCAACCUUACGCCGACCCCAGGAGACUGUCCCGCCCAGGGGCACAGCCCAAUAUCUACUACACUGAGGAACGGGGGAGGCCUUCACAGCAUCGCUACACUUCGCCAAUGCAUUACCACGACUGGUGGGGCACGUACCGAGCUGCCCAUGCCCACCAGAGUUACCUAUCUCAAUGCCCUCCUUACUGGGAAGGCAGAGCCAGCACCCUGUCCCCUCAUGGUUCGUACUACGGCAUCGACCAGCACAGGCUGGACUCCGAGUCCCGUUACUACUCCAAGUCCUGGGAUAACAUCCUGUCCCCGAGCCGACACCGGGCCGAGUUCCCGGCCACCGACUGCCGCAGCUACGAGACCCUGCCCCUGCAGGAGAGGCCUGGCCGCUCGGCCGAGUCCAGGCGCCGGCCCACCGUAGUCAACUUGUCCCGGUCCCCGCAGCGGUACGCCGCCCUCUCCCUGUCCGAGAGCUCACUGGCCGACAAGCUCCAGGGGGACGGCAGCAGGGGGAGCCAGGGGAGGGCUUGGUACAUCACCCCAGAGAUCACCAUCACUGACAACGAGCUGCGGGCUAACGGGCCGCCGCAGGCCCGAGUCAGGCCCGAGUCCGGACGGCAACAGGCCCUGGACAGCGGCAACGGCCUCAGCGCCUCCUUCAACGACCUGCUCUCCUGUAACCUGGAGCCGGGCUCGGGCCCAGCGUCGUCAGGGGCAACGGCGGCCGGGGGAGGUGGGUUUGGAGGGGGAGGCUGUCCUCACCGGCCCGGGAAGCAGCAGCAGCUGGACGACGUGCUGGCCGACCUGGUAAUCGACACCUGCAAGGCCCCGGCCGCCAAACCCAGCGACUCGGACGCUCUGGUUGACCAGCUGAGGAGGCUGAUUGCCGCCGAGGACCUGUCAGGUGACCGCGGCGUGAGAACCGUGCUGGUACACACCAGCGAGCCGCAGAAGGCCAAGGCCCAGCUGGGGACGUUAGGCCCGAGCCCUGAGUCCCACAGCCUGGGCCUAGGCCUGGGCCUGGGCCCGGGCCUAUCACGGAGCCCCAGCUACCCAAGUCCGUGCGACGGGCCUCCCCAAGAGCGCGGCGUCUCGGACGACGUGGACACCAUGAUGUGCUCGAACCUCAAGUGCGGCCUAACGGAGACCCUGUUCAACGCAAGGCUUUACUUCAAGUCGUGCCACAGCUGCUACACGUACUACUGCUCGCGGAACUGCCGCAAGGACGACUGGGAGAUGCACAAGGAGGCCUGCGUCUAUGGCCGGGUCAGCAGCACGUGUAAGCGGGUGCUGAGGAGCUGCCGCGAGAACCAUGCGGCCCACAAGGCCUUCUCCCGCAUUGCCAGGAUGGGCUACCUGUCCCGGGGAAAGGGGGUCCUGUUCCAGGGCUUCCCGAACCCGGGCUCGGCCGACAACUUCCUGCAGUACGGCCUGGAGAGCCUGCUGCUGGCCCCCACCUACCUGUCGCUGCGGGAGCUGGAUGGCUACGCUGAGCCACUGGGCGAAUACCUGAGGGAGAUCCAGGAGGCCGCCCAGCUCUACGACCCGGACGAGUGCUUCCUGCUGAACGUGUCGAUCGCCCUGGGCCAGAAGGUGCCCGAGAACCCGUCACCCCGGCUCCAGACGCCGACGGUGCGCAGGUUUGCCAAGAUCGCGCUGGCCUCCGGUAGCCCUGAGAAGAAGGGCAAGGCGCUGAGGGCCGACGACGAGAUGGAGACCCUGAUCCUGACGCCGCCGCCGGGCACCGGUGACAUCGCGCAGGAUGACGAGGCGGGACGCAGGGCCCGGGAGGUAUGCUUCAUCAACGUGCAGCGGGAGCUGCGCAUCCGAGGGGUAUUCCUGCGGCAUGAGUACCCCCAGAUCUACCAGGAUCUCUGCGAGUUCGUGGAGAGCAAUAAGAGAUUUACCCCCACCACCAUUUACCCCAUUGACAAGAGAACGGGCAAGCAGUUCAUGUGUAUGAUCAUGGCCGCCUCCGAGCCACUGACUCUCGAGUGGGUUCGCAAACCCAACCUACUGGAGGACAUGAUGUGAGGCCGCACUUGUUUAAUAUCUUUGUAGGUAUUGUAUUUUAUACAAGAACUCUCUGCCAAGGGGCUGGGUGUGAUCUGAAAGGGAGAAGGCCGUCUCACCUCGACCUCCCCCUCCCCCACCCCUCCGCUCCCCUCCCCUCCCUUCCCCACACAACCUUGUCACCCUCUAACCCCAACUGGGGCCUAGCAGAGCAACAGAGGCCUGGAGAAGGAAACCACCCGGACCUUUACAACAAGGAUGUUGUUAAUUUGAAGGGCCCGGAUAUCAGAGUUCCCUGGGUGGGAAAGCUGUGAAACGCACCCAGUUUCUCCCUGAGAAUCACUGGGAUUUCACUGCCAUGGGUGGACCGACCCCUCUCAGUUGCUGCGGACCUCCCAUCUUGUUCCCAGUUCAGGGUUUUAAGAAGUCAGGGUGACUUCCUCUCUUUCUGGGGAGCAGGCAGUGUUCCAGUCAGGCCGAGACAGCGGUGGGGUUGUGUGAGGAAAAGAUUUACGUCACUGAAGUACAGCUGAGGCCCAGAGGGAAUUGGCGGAGUUAAGAUCGAUCGAGCUGUCACUACAAAGGGAGGGAGGUUUCAGGGUGGGGAGACUGAGUUAAUACAGUCAUGAUGGCGCCAUUAUGGCUCCUCAACGACACAAUCACAAUCAUGGGCCGUGGUUGGGCUACUGGAGACUGAGAUGGGAGUUUGGGGAGAAGGCUAAAGGCUUUGGAGGCCGUCAGAUCAGAGAUUCCCGAGAGCUGCCAGAUGGUGUGUAAGUGAGAUAUUUCCUGCAGCGAUCUCAGCCGCACAUUGACAUAAAGACUCACCUAAGGCAGAAACAGGAAAGCAUAACAACACCCCCCCCCCCCAGCCCAGCACAGUCUGGGAAUGUAACCCUCAGCUCACUGCAUCAUUGCAAUUAACUUUGCUGCCACAGAUUAGGACAAGAAAAUCCAGACAGCUUUCUUGAUCCACGACAUUUCCCAGUGUCCAUAUGAACAGAGGGAUUUGAUUGGAAUUUAAUAGAAGCCAGGAGUGAAAACUUAACCACACUGUUUAUGUACAAACUGGGGGAUGAGGUCAAACACUGACAUUUCACACACUGGGACAGUGGGCUACAGUCUGGGACAUUAGGUCACACACUGGGACAGCGGGCUACAGUCUGCGACAUGAGGUCACACACUGGGACAGUGGGCUACAGUCUGGGACAUUAGGUUACACACUGGGACAACGGGUGAUGCAAUUUGUUUCACACAGUGGACCACACACUGUCACUUCACAAAGUGGGAUUGCGGGUCCCUCGCUCUCAUUUCACACACAUUAACUGCAACUGCGCAUUACAUGUCAUUUGGGACCAUGAAUCUCUCAAUUUCGCCUCACACCCUGCCACGGUUCACACACUGUCAUUUCACUGGGACAGUGGGUCACACCCUGGAACAGUGGAUCACACUGUCAUUUCACUGGGACAGUGGACCACACACUGUCAUUUCACUGGGACAGUGGAUCACACUGUCAUUUCACUGGGAUAGUGGAUCACACUGUCAUUUCACUGGAACAGUGGGUCACACGCAGUCCUUUCACUAGAACAGUGGAUCAGAUUGUCAUUUCACUGGAAUAGUGGGUCUCACACUGUCAUUUCACUGGGACAGUGGGUCACACACUGUCAUUUCACUGGGACAGUGGGUCACAAACUGACUUUUCACUGGGACAGUGGAUCAUACACUGUCAUUUCACUGGGACAGUGGGUCACACUCAUUUCACGAGAUCACUGGGUCACACCCUGUGAUUUCACUGGGAUGGUGGGUCACACACUGCUUCCACAGGGACAGUGGGUAACACUGUCAUUUCACUGGGACAGUGGAUCACACCCUGGAACAGCGAAUCACACUGUUAUUUCACUGAGACAGUGGAUCACCCCCUGUCAUUUCACUGGGACAGUGGAUCACAUACUGUCAUUUCAGUGGAUCACACUGUCAUUUCACUGGGACAGUGGGUCACAUUCAUUUCACUGUAACAAUGGAUCACACACUAUCACUUCACUGAGACAGUGGAUCACACACUCAUUUCACUGGGACAGCGGAUCACGCAUCAUUUCACUGGAACAGUGGGUCACACUGUCAUUUCACUGGAACAGUGGAUCACACACUGUCGUUUCACUGGGACAGUGGGUCACAUUCAUUUCACUGGAACAGCGGAUCACACACUGUCGUUUCACUGGGACAGUGGGUCACAUUCAUUUCACUGGAACAGUGGAUCACACACUAUCACUUCACUGGGACAGUGGAUCACACACUCAUUUCAUUGGGACAGUGGAUCAUGCAUCAUUUCACUGGAACAGUGGGUCACACUGUCAUUUCACUGGAACAGUGGAUCAUGCUGUCGUUUCACUGGGACAGUGGAUCACAAACUGACAUUUCACUGGGACAGUGGAUCACACACUGUCAUUUCACUGGGACAGUGGAUCACACACUGAUUUCACUGGGUCACACUGUCAUUUCACUGGAACAGUGGGUCACACUCAUUUUUCUGGAACAGUGGGUCACACACUCAUUUCACUAGAACAGUGGAUCACACAUUGUCAUUUCACUGUGACAGUGGGUCACACAGUCAUUUCACUGGGACAGUGG